CCGGGCGUGUGCGCGUAAAUGUGUGUGUCCUCCUGCUUGGCGGCUCGAGAUGACAGACUUGGGAGUCUUCUUCUUCUUCUUCUUCUCCUUCUUCUUCUUCUUCGGCCGUCACAACUACUUGAGUCUUUCCUCCUGGUCGCCUCCAGGCUCUCCCCGUCCCGCGCGUCGUCUUUUGCCCGGCCAGGGAAUGUUGACCGCCGCGGCCUGACCCGGCCCCGUCACACCUCCACACGGCCGUGCGAGGCUCGGAGCCCGCUUGCCCGCUUACCCGAGGCUGCUGUGAGGUCCAUCUUCCCAGCAGGACUAAUCCAAGCAAGUAGAUUAUACAGAAGAACAGAACAAGUCAAAGCAUGGCUGUGGCUGGAUGUCCCGAUUAUUUCCUGCAUCAUCCCAAUUAUCAGCAGGACAAUAGAGAUCGAUCCACAAAUCACAGACAAGCAAAUCUCAUUGGGCCGGGCUUCCAACCAUCAACCAAUCACAAUUCGCCAAACCAACAAGAGGAUGACGUUGAUUUAGAGGCCCUGGUGAAUGAUAUGAAUUCUUCACUGGAGAGCCUGUACUCCGCCUGCCGCGGCCAGCGGACAGAAUCGACACCGCUACUCGAAAACGGACAGACCUCCACCUCCUGCCUGCAAGACCUCAACCGCCAUCGCCCUCACGCGCAAGCGCGGCAAGCGGCCUCCUUCGCGUCCACGGCGGCCGGCCUACGCCGCUCGCAGCCCAUGCGCAUCCUGGCUGUCCGGAGGUUGCGAGAGGAGGAGGAGCAGCAGUUGAGGACGUCCUCCCUCCCGGCCAUCCCGAACCCCUUCCCCGAGCUCUGCAGUCCGGCCAGCUCGCCUGUGCUUGGUCCCGGCUCGCUUCCUCCCAGGGAACCCUCCGCCGGCAUAUACAUUGUUAAGAUCUCCACUGAAGACGGCAUGGGCAAAGUGGUGGAGAUCCCGGCCGACAUGACGGCCAAGGACCUUUGCCAGCUCCUGGUUUACAAAAGGCAUUGUGUGGACGACAACAGUUGGGCACUUGUUGAGCACCACCCGCUGCUGGGGUUAGAGCGCUGUCUGGAGGACCAUGAUUUGGUGGUGCAGGUGCAGGCUUCCAUGAGCAGUGACGGUAGAUUCCUCUUUCGGAAGAACUACGCCAAAUACGAAUUCUUCAGGACGCCUCUGACAUUUUUCCCGGAGCACAUGGUUGCGUGGUGCCAGGAAGCCAAUCGUCCCAUCCCACCGUCGCAACUUCUGCAGAGCUUUCUCGCAACCAGUAGUUGUCCAGAGAUUCAGGGUUAUCUGUAUGUAAAGGAGGUGGGCCGAAAGUCGUGGAAGAAAGUUUACAUGUUCCUGCGGCGCUCGGGACUUUACUGUUCUACAAAAGGAACCUCAAAGGAGCCCAGGCAUCUCCAUUUACUCGCAGACCUUGAAGACAGUCACAUCUUCACUGUCACCACCGGCAAAAAGCAGCACGCUGCACCCACAGACUACGAGUUCUGCAUCAAGCCCGAUAAAUGGAGAGGGGAGUCAAAGGAUUUAAGGAUUCUGUGUGCUGAAGAUGAACAAGGCAGAACAUGUUGGAUGACCGCCUUUAGAUUGUUUAAGUACGGGAUUGUUUUGUACCAGAAUUACAAGAUUCCCCAGCAAAGAAAAACUCUGCUUUCACACUUCUCAGCACCUGUGCGAAGUGUGUCCGAAAACUCUCUCGUGGCGAUGGAUUUUUCAGGGACGAUAGGCCGGGUAAUCGACAACCCUUUGGAAGCUCAGAGCGCCGCCGUGGAGGAGGGGCAUGCGUGGAGGAAGAGGAAUCACCGAAUGAACGUCUUAGGCUCCCACAGUCCGUUGCACCACUCCUCACUAAACUCGGUCAUCCACAUAGCCCAGCUGUGGUUCCAUGGCAGAAUAACCAGAGAAGAAUCCCACCGCAUUAUCCACCAACAGGGUCAAGUCGAUGGCUUGUUUCUGCUACGAGUCAGCCAGAGUAACCCCAAGGCUUUCGUGCUCACAUUGUGCCAUCACCAGAAAAUCAAACAUUUCCAGAUACUACCGUGCGAAGAGGACGCCCAAGUCUUCUUCAGCCUUGACGAUAGUGCCACCAAAUUCACCGACCUGAUCCAGUUGGUGGAGUUCUAUCAACUCAACAGAGGAGUGCUGCCUUGUAAACUCAAACACCCGUGCACCGUCGUGGCCUUAUGACCUUAUGACCCCUCCGAUCAUGUGACCUACAAGCUCCCCUGUGCCCCCUUUCACUUGACCUGACUCUGCUCAAAGCAGAGCGAAUGUUAAUAUUGUUUUUUUCCUUCUAAGAAGUUUGUGAAUUGACUGGUGUUUCAUUGUUUUUUGUUUUUUUUUUAAUUAUUAUUAUUAUUAUUGUUGUCGAUGAUGCGAGUCCGCCAGAUACUGCUGAUAUCUUGGAUUCAUUUUGGGGUGCGUUGAAUGUUACCGAAUUGCACGCAAAGUUCCGUAGUCAAGAAGAGAGAGGAUGAACAUGAACACUGCCAUAUUUGUGUUGAUGCUUUUGCAAAAACUGGUCGUUGUUAAGCUGGGGGGACUCGGUGACCCUCGGGGAUUUUGCAUCUUGCAGCUCAAGUGAAGACUGCCGCCCUCUGGUGGACAAUCAACACGACGACGCCUGACGCCUCUCCUCUCGCGUGUGGACCACUCUGCUCUUUGAGAACUGGAGUCUCGUUGGAACUUCUCAGAGACUUUUGUUUUGCACUCACCCGACUGGGAGUGGCCUUCGAGGGUGCUGGACUUCUCCGCUGUUGGCAUUACUUUUAACUGUGAGAUGGUGUCACCGCCCUCCAGUGUCGGAGGUGCGUAAACACAAGACUAAGCAGCAUUGCAGCCAGCACAGAGAGAGUGAUUUUAAUAUUAUUAUUGUUAUUAUUAUUAUUUUGAGGAGGUGCUCUGGACACAGGAGUCUGCAGAAGGUGGUUGAUGAACACUCUUGAAAUGUUCAAACAGAAUUAUUUUUUUAACUGGCUGACAAUACAGAAUGUCAAAACGUA